UAAGGGAAUUUAGUGCUACGCGUUCUUCGAUGAAGGGUCAGCCAUAUCAUUGAUAAAUAGUGAGUUAGCAAUCGUAACCGCAGGAAGUUUACAAUGCGUGAUGUUCGCACGGUUUCGAACCUUCAGUUACCAAUGCAGUCACUUAGUAUAUCUGAUCUUCAUUACAAGCACCGACACUUACCGAUCCGGCAAUAUAGCGACGCUACACCAGAGUUGUUGAUCGGCUUAGAUAACGCGCACCUUGGUAUUCCGCGGCGUACAGCAUACGAUGGCAGCAGAGAACAUACAGUGGUACUCACCAAACUCGGUUGGGUAAUCUAUGGGACGGCAAAUACUCUAACUCAAGCACGCUAUCACUCUCUGUUUGCAAGGGUAAGCGAUGAAACGUCCGACAAGCUGGAGGAUCUCGUGAACGAUUUGAUAACCAACGAGAACAUGGGCGUAAGUGAGGUAAAGCAGGUGGCCGAGCCUGAAUACGUAGCACGAGCCAAGAAACUUUUGAAUGAACAUACUAAGCGCGAUGGUCGUAAAUUUGAAACAUGUUUGUUGUGGAGGCGGGACGACGUGAAGCUUCCAGAGAGCCGCAAGAUGGCGGAGAAUAGAUUUCUAGCUUUGGGAAGAAAUUUUAGAGGUGAUAACCAUCUGAAGAGAGUAUAUACAACAAUCAUGGUGGAAUAUGUUGAGAGGGGUUACUGCCGCAAGCUGGGCAAGGAGGAAGCAGAGACGAUAAGCGAACGUACGUGGUACUUGCCUCAUUUUGGCGUAUACAACCCUAACAAACCAGGGAAACUCACGUUCGUUUUCGAUGCUGCAGCAGAAUCGCAGGGCGUCUCGCUGAACUCAGAGCUACUAAGUGGGCCUGAUCUUUCGCAGCCGUUAGCAACAGUCCUCAUGAAAUUCAUACAGAAGCCUAUUGGAGUCGGAUAUCGUCGAGAUGUUCCAUCAAGUGAGGAUAAGAGAUGA